AUGGAGAUGGCCCUACGGUCGCAGAGCCCUCUCUGCCUUCGGAGCCGACCGGUGCUCGUUGUCCGGCCAACCGUCGCGGGCGGAGGGGCCACUCAGUCUUUGUUGAGGACUACCAGAUCUGUGAGAAGAAGGAUCAUUCAAUGCAUUGUAGCAAGUCCAGGUUGUCCUAAUAGGAAAUCAAGGAUGUCUCCUAACGUAAAAGUAGCUGCUUUUAGCAAUUAUGCUCCAAGACUCCUUGUUGAGUCAAGCUCCAAGAAGAGUGAACACCAUGAUGGCAGACACCAUGAAGAAACUAUUGAUACAUACAAUGGGCUGUCAGGUUCUGAUGCAGCAGAGUUGACAAGUAAUAGAGAUGCAGAAAUUGCAGUGGAUUUGCAGCACAUGUAUGAGGAGGAAUUGCCAGGAAAUGUAUUGAUUAAUGCAUCAUUAGGGGAAAUGGAAACAGUGGAUGAAGCUGAGGUUGAGGAGGAUAAGUUUGAGGUAGAUUUCUCAGGAAUUGUAUUGCGCAAUGCUGAAGUUUGGGAAAUGGAUCCAGAGGAUGAACAUAAGGCUAAACAAGACGUAUUUGUGGUAGAUUCGUCAGGAACUGCACCAGAUAAUGCUGCAGUGGAAGAAGUGGUAGAUGAAGUUGAGGUUGAAGAGGAUAUGGUUGAUGUGGAUAUCUUGGGACUUGCCUUGAAUAGUGUAACAAUGGAGGAAAUGGAUUUGAUAGAUGAAGAAGAGGCUUUACAGGAGAAUUUUGAUGUGGAUUCACCAGGCAAUGCUUCAAGUGGUGGAACGUAUGGGGGUGCGGAUGAGUUGGGUGAACAGCCUUCAACAUCCAUGGAUGGCAUCGCCCUUAAUGAAACACGUAGAAAUUUGAAGCCUGAGCCCUUGCCAAUUGUCAGGUACCAGGAACAAGAAAAAAUAGUUUUAAGCAUUGUUGAGGAAGAAGGGUUAAUUGUUGGUUCAUGUGAAGAAGGCCAACCGGUGGUAGAUUACCAUAAGCAAGAGGAAAACUCUACCGCUUUUGAUGAACAGAAGCAAUUGACUGACGGAUUCCCUGAACAAGGUAUAUAUAUUGUUCAGUUCCCUGAGCGAAACAAUGAUAUUGUUGGUUCCCCAAAAUUCUUGGAGCAAAAACAAGAACUUGUUGGUUCCUAUAAACAAGAUCGAUCAAUCAUUGGAUUGCAUGAACAAGACCAGUCCAUUGUUGGUUCACAUGGACAAGAUAAAUCAAUUGUUGGUGUGCCUCAGCAAAUCCAGUGCACUGAUCAAUCUAUUACUGGUUCUCAUAGACAAGAUGAAUCAAUUGUCGGUGCACCUGAGCAAAUCCAAUCCGUUGCUGGCUAUAUAAAACCAAAUCAAUCUAUUGUUGGUUCUUAUAGACAACAUGAAUCAAUUAUUGUUGCGCCUGAGAAAGUCCAAUCCAUCAUCAGUUACAGUGAGAUAGAUCAAUCUAUUGUUGGUUCUCACAAACAAGGCAGAUCUGUUGUUAGUGUGCCUGAGCAAACCCAAUCCAUUGUUAGUUACAGCAAACCAAAUCAAUCUACUGUUGAUUCUUAUAGACAAGCUGAAUCAAUUAUUGGUGUGCCUGAAAAAGUCCAAUCCAUCAUCAGUUACGAUAAACUAGAUCAGUCUAUCGUUGGUUCUCUUAAACAAGAUGAGUCUAUUGUUAGUGUGCCUGAGAAAAUCCAAUCCAUUGUCGGUUACACUAAACCAAAUCAGUCUAUUGUUGGCUUGCCCAAACAGCAACAAUCAAUUGUUCAUAUCGAUGAACGAAAACAAUCCAUAGUUGGUUUCCCUAAACAAGAUCUAUCAAUCGUUGGUAUCUCUAAGGAGUCUCAAACAAACCAACUGGCUACUGUUGGGAUUCAUGAUGGAUUGCUUAUGAAAGGAGUGGAAGCUAAGGAGACAUCUCAAAAGACUGAAGGGGAUACACUUCAGGCAAAGUUCGAUGCUGACAACUUGUCACAGAAACAUAAGGAAGGCUUCACUAAAGAAGCAGAUGAGAGAACAAUUUUUGAGAAAAUUAAUGAUGAAGAUCUUGUGAUGAUUGAAGAGCAGAAAAGCACAUGCAUGGAUGAAGAACAGAUGAUUGUUACUGAGGAAGACAUUCCAAUGGCUAAGGUUGAGAUAGGGAUUGACAAGGCCAAAAUUUUACAUCUGCUUUCUGAAGAAGAGAGUUCAUGGGAUGAAAAUGAAGUGGGGAUAAUUGAGGAUGAAGAACAGUAUGAAGUCGAUGAGACAUCUAUGUUCACUGAACAAGAUAUCCAGGAGUCACCUGACGAUAAUGUGGAUCCACAAGCACUACAGAGGAUGCUUCAAGAGCUUGCUGAAAAAAAUUGUUCGCUGGGAAACAAGUUGUUUACUUAUCCAGAGGUAUUGAAAGCUGAUUCAACAAUUGAUCUCUAUUUCAAUCGUGAUCUAUCAGCGGUGGCCAAUGAGCCUGACGUACUCAUCAAAGGAGCAUUCAAUGGGUGGAAGUGGAGUUUUUUCACUGAAAAAUUGCACAAGAGCGAGCUGGGAGGGGGCUGGUGGUGCUGCAAACUAUACAUUCCCAAGCAGGCAUACAGAAUGGACUUUGUGUUCUUUAACGGACGCAUGUUAUAUGAAAAUAAUGACAAUAAUGAUUUUGUGAUACAAAUACAAAGCACCAUGGAUGAAAAUUUAUUUGAGGAUUUCUUGGCUGAAGAAAAGCAGCGAGAACUUGAGAAACUUGCGAAUGAGGAAGCUGAAAGGAGGAGACAGACUGACAAGCAGCGGCGAAAGGAGGAAGAAAGGGCCGCAGAUAAAGCUGACAGGGCACAAGCCAAGGUUGAGGUAGAAACGAAGAAGAAUAAAUUGCAAAAUGUAUUGGGUUUAGCCAGAGCUUCUGUUGAUAAUUUGUGGUACAUUGAGCCCAUCGUGACUGGACAAGGGACUACUGUCAGAUUGUAUUAUAAUAUAAACUCAAGACCUCUAGUUCACAGUACUGAGAUAUGGAUGCAUGGUGGCUAUAACAACUGGAUUGAUGGACUUUCUUUUGCUGAAAGACUUGUUCAUCAUAAUGACAAAGAUUGUGAUUGGUGGUUUGUAGAUGUUGUCUUACCUGAAAGGACAUAUGUGUUGGACUGGGUUUUCGCUGAUGGGCCGCCAGGGAAUGCAAGGAAUUAUGACAACAAUGGAGGACAUGAUUUUCAUGCUACCCUUCCGAAUAACUUGACUGAGGAAGAAUAUUGGAUGGAAGAAGAACAAAGGAUCUACACAAGGCUUCAACAAGAGAGGAGGGAAAGGGAGGAGGCUAUUAAAAGGAAGGCUGAGAGAAAUGCAAAAAUGAAAGCUGAGAUGAAGGAAAAGACUAUGAGAAUGUUCCUGGUUUCUCAGAAACACAUUGUUUACACAGAACCACUUGAAAUACGUGCUGGAACUACUGUUGAUGUGCUUUAUAAUCCUUCUAAUACAGUGCUAACUGGAAAGACAGAGGUUUGGUUUCGAUGUUCCUUUAACCGCUGGAUGUAUCCAGGUGGGGUGUUGCCACCUCAGAAGAUGGUACAAGCAGAAAAUGGUUCACACUUAAAAACAACAGUUUACGUUCCGCAAGAUGCCUAUAUGAUGGACUUUGUUUUCUCGGAGUCAGAAGAAGGUGGAAUUUAUGAUAACAUGAAUGGGUUAGACUAUCAUAUUCCUGUGUUUGGUUCAAUUGCAAAAGAACCACCUAUGCACAUUGUUCACAUUGCUGUUGAGAUGGCACCAAUCGCAAAGGUUGGAGGUCUUGGUGAUGUUGUUACUAGUCUUUCACGUGCUGUGCAAGAUUUAGGACACAAUGUGGAGGUUAUUCUUCCAAAGCACGAUUGCUUGAAUCUAAGCAAUGUCAAGAAUUUACACAUCCAUCAAAGUUUUUCUUGGGGUGGUUCUGAAAUAAAAGUGUGGCGUGGACUAGUCGAAGGCCUUUGUGUUUACUUCUUGGAACCUCAAAAUGGGAUGUUUGGAGUCGGAUGUGUAUAUGGAAGGAACGAUGACCGCCGAUUUGGCUUCUUCUGUCAUUCUGCUCUAGAGUUUCUCCUCCAGAGUAGAUCUUCUCCGAAUAUAAUACAUUGCCAUGAUUGGUCAAGUUCUCCUGUUGCCUGGCUAUACAAGGAAAACUAUGCACAGUCUAGUUUGGCAAAUGCACGGGUGGUAUUCACCAUCCACAAUCUUGAAUUUGGAGCGCAUUAUAUUGGCAAAGCAAUGAGAUAUUGUGAUAAAGCCACAACUGUCUCUAAUACAUAUUCAAGGGAGGUGUCAGGUCAUAGUGCCAUCGUUCCUCAUCUUGGAAAAUUCUAUGGCAUUCUCAAUGGAAUUGAUCCAGAUAUAUGGGAUCCGUACAGUGACAACUUUAUCCCGGUCCACUACACUUCUGAGAAUGUCAUUGAAGGCAAGAGGGCUGCUAAGAAGGCAUUGCAGCAGAAGUUUGGGUUACAGCAAAUCGAUGUGCCCAUCGUAGGAAUCGUCACUCGCCUGACAGCCCAAAAGGGAAUCCACCUCAUCAAGCAUGCGAUUCAUCGAACACUUGAACGGAAUGGACAGGUGGUUUUGCUUGGUUCGGCGCCAGACCCUAGAAUCCAAGCUGAUUUUGUCAACUUGGCGAAUACGCUCCACGGCGUAAACCAUGGGCAAGUGAGGCUGUCCUUGACCUACGAUGAGCCUCUUUCGCAUCUGAUAUACGCUGGCUCUGACUUCAUUCUGGUACCAUCUAUAUUUGAGCCUUGCGGCUUAACUCAGCUCGUCGCCAUGCGGUAUGGAACCAUCCCUGUUGUCCGCAAAACAGGAGGGCUCUUUGACACUGUCUUCGAUGUGGACAACGACAAGGAACGAGCCCGAGCUCGAGGCCUUGAGCCCAACGGGUUUAGCUUCGACGGAGCUGAUAGUAACGGUGUUGACUAUGCCCUCAACAGGGCGAUCUCUGCUUGGUUCGACGCCCGGAGCUGGUUCCACUCCCUUUGCAAGAGAGUCAUGGAGCAGGACUGGUCAUGGAACCGGCCUGCCCUGGACUACAUCGAACUCUACCGUUCAGCGUCCAAAUUGUGA